AUGGACCAGUACCUUUUAUUUACCACCCCACUUGUUAUGUUCAUCCUAUUUCACAUUGCAUAUUCCCUGGACAACUGCGUCGACCACGCGGACGCUCAUUGUGACACACCGCGGGUGAAAGCAAUGUGCAAGAGUCACGCCUACAAGAGGAUAAUGGCGCGGUUGUGUAGGAAAUCCUGCAAUCUCUGUCAGCCCGGCACAUGCAUGGAUGUAGUGAGUGAGUGUAAAAAGCCGAAGAAUAAAGCGUUGUGCACCAAUCGUGUUUACAAACGGCUAAUGAAAAGCAAAUGCCCGCAGACUUGCGGCGAAUGUGGUAAGGAUGGUGGAGAUGGUGGAAGUGGCAACGGCGCAGACGGCGGAUCAUCAAGAAAGGAGGAGAGCAAAAGCAGUAAAACGGAGACAUCGUCGAGAAUUGAGAUGCUGAGUCUGCUUAAUGUGUUAUAUUGA